CCUAAUGAAAAAUUCACACAUGCGCACAAAGGAAUGGAAUUUAUCUCACAAAUCUUGCAACACUACUAUCAUAAGAGAUUGUUUUCCUGGAUUCUUAAAAGGUUACGAAAUCAUUUAACGAAUGUGAAAAAUAACCACUAAUAAUUAUUAAUAUAUAUCAAUUAUGGCAACCAAAAAAAUUAAUGGAUUAUAUGCUUCUUUGAACAAAUUGUACAAAAGAGAAGUGUCUCUAGUAAAUGCGAUAAAUCAACGUACAUAUGCAACCGUAGACGAAGGUGACACUCAAGUUACUCACACUGGGCAGAUAUUUGAAAAAGAUGAUUACCGAUUAGUAAGAUUUUUAAACAGACCAAAGGAAGUUAAUAAAAAUUGGGCAAUCAAAUUGAUAGACGAAGUACCACCAUCUCCAAAGAAAGAUAGAAUAGUAGCUUGUAAUGGUGGUGGAGGCCCACUUGGACAUCCUAAAGUUUACAUAAAUCUGGAUAAACCAGGCAAUCAUACUUGUGGUUACUGUGGUCUGCGUUUUUACAAGGAGAAUCAUCAUUAAAUGAUCACUGUACAAGUAGUUGUAUUAAUUAUUAAUUUAUAAGUAUACUUUAGAAUGUAACAUUUGUUGCAAUAAAUAUAUAAAACUGA